UCCCACAGCAAGAACGCCGGAGCUGUGUAACCGUAGAGUCGGUAAUUGAGUUUUACAAAUGAUCCAGUUUCGUUGAGGACAAAUCAGUAGAGAACGAGCUGUGCAUCAGAGAAGCAAGCAUGUACACUUAGCGCUACAAAAAAAAAAAAAAAAAAAAAGCAAAGAAACGUUUUUUUUUUUUUUUUGUUUGUUAACAAAUAACGAGGUAUAUAAGAUUAGCAUAGCAACACCAAACAGAGCACUUUCUCCUUUAUACACGGAACAAGGGUUGUCUUUUUAUUUUUUACUUGCAUCAGACUACAAAGAAAAGAGUCAGAAAUCAAGAAGCAGCAAAGUUGGUGCGCUAAAUAUAAGUGGACAUUCGCUGGACUUUGCGUAGUCCAGUUUAUACGGGACUGGAGACGCCAACAAGCCGAGGAACGACCUAUUGUUGUGGAUAUCUGUAUUAAACCGUGGGACACGAUUCCCGAGGGUCGCUUAUUUAUUUUUUUUGCUUUAACACAAAUAACCAAAAAAAAAAGUAUUGUGGAGAAAAUACCUAAAUGUUGUGGGAAUAGGUAAAACACCAGCGAAUGAAAUAACCGUCUCCCAGAGCUUAAAUGGGGAAAACAACUUGUGUACUUUAAAAAAACGCUAUUCAGGAUUUACCUUCAGAGCAAUUUGGAGACCAGCAUCAGGAAGUGUAAUAACGAGGAAGUGCUGGGGUGUGCAGUUAACUUGUCCAUGCUGAAGCCUGCCUGAAGCCAGCUUCCACUGACUGCCUUUGGUAGCCCCCCUCUCCCCGACUCCCCACUCCUCUCCCUCUGUGAGAAGAUGAAGCCUGUUUGCAAGCUCUGUCUCCUCUUCUUCACUCUGGCUGUAGCCGUGCUGGCAGAACCAGUGCAUCCAGGAGGUCCCAGAAUGAAAGAGCAUUCCCUCCUGCAGCCGGGUUUCCCUGCUAACAGCACCGCGACGGCAGGCAGCACCGUGAAGCUGAUCUGCCAAGUCUACAGGACCGGCAAGAUGCAGCUGCAAUGGCUGAAACACGUUGAGAGGAACGGGAGCCACGUAGGGCCUGAUGGUCUCCCUUAUGUCCAGGUCCUCAAGUCGGCUUAUAUGAACGCCUCUAAGGUGGAUGUCCUGCUCCUGUCCAAUGUCACGUUCAAAGACGAUGGACAGUACACCUGCCUGGUUGGAAACUCUGUCGGAUUGAUUUCCCACCAGUCAGCCUGGCUCACGGUCAUACCAGGUUUUUCUCAAGCCCAGGCUGAAGAAACUGCAGAGCACUUCUUUUUGGACCAAGGCGACGUGCUCAAACUGACCUGUGAGACCAACCGGACCGUGGGCAUCAACUGGUACAAGGAGGCGGUCCACGUCCAGGCUGGUGACCGGGUGCAGAUCAGACCCAACGUUCUGGAAAUCGCCGACAUGACUUAUGAAGACUCUGGCCUCUACCUGUGCGUAGUGCGUGGCACGGGCGAAAUCCUGCAGAACUUUACUAUUACUGUCGUAGACUCCUUUGCGUCGGGCGACAAUGAUGAUGAAGACGACGGUUUGGAGGAUGAAGCCACAGAAUCAGACGAUGAACGCGUCUUCUUCAACAGAGGACCUUACUGGACACACACUCAGAGAAUGGAGAAGAAGCUGCAUGCAGUUCCAGCUGGGAACACAGUGAAGUUCCGCUGCCCUGCGAUGGGCAGCCCCAUACCAUCCAUCCGCUGGUUGAAGAACGGGCGCGAAUUCAGGGGGGAGCAACGCAUUGGGGGCAUCAAGUUACGGCAUCAACACUGGAGCUUGGUGAUGGAAAGUGUGGUGCCUUCAGACAGGGGCAACUACACAUGUGUGGUAGAGAACAAGUACGGAGUCAUCUUCCACAGCUACAUCCUGGACGUACUGGAGCGUUCCCCACACCGGCCCAUUCUCCAGGCAGGUUUGCCAGCUAACACAACUGUGGUGCUGGGAAGCGACGUGGAGCUCUACUGCAAAGUCUACAGCGACGCCCAGCCGCACAUCCAGUGGCUCAAGCACAUUGAGAAGAACGGCAGCCACUAUGGGCCUGACGGCUAUCCCUACGUCAUGGUCCUGAAGACAGCUAGUGUUAACACAUCAGAGAUGGAGGUCCUGUAUCUUCCCAAUGUCACCUACAAAGACGCUGGCGAGUACACCUGUCUGGCUGGGAACUCCAUUGGGAUCUCCUUCCAGUCCGCCUGGCUCACCGUCAUACCAGAGGAGGAGCUAGAGCAAGAGAUUGACAUGACUGAGACCAAGUACACUGACAUCAUCAUCUACGCCUCGGGCUCGCUGGCCGUUGUCAUGGCGAUUGUGAUCGUGGUGCUCUGCCGCAUGCAGUCCAAUCCAAACAAGGAGCCCUUCGAAGUCCUGCCGGUGCAGAAGCUCAGCAAGUUUCCCCUCCGCAGACAGUACUCUCUGGACUCCAACUCUUCCGGCAAGUCCAGUGCUUCGCUCAUGAGGGUCGCCCGUCUGUCGUCCAGCUGCACCCCCAUGCUGGCUGGGGUCAUGGAGUUCGAGCUGCCCCUUGACCCCAUCUGGGAAUUCCCGCGGGACAACUUGGCCCUGGGAAAGCCUCUUGGUGAGGGCUGUUUUGGUCAGGUAGUGAGAGCAGAGGCAUAUGGGAUGAGCAAGGAGACUCCUGAGCAGCCCAGAACUGUAGCGGUCAAGAUGCUGAAAGAUGAUGCCACAGAUAAAGACUUGUCUGACCUGAUCUCUGAAAUGGAGUUGAUGAAGGUGAUGGACAAACACAAGAACAUCAUCAACCUCUUGGGGGUCUGCACCCAAGACGGGCCGCUCUAUGUGCUUGUUGAGUAUGCCUCCAAAGGCAGCCUGCGCGAGUACCUGAGGGCGCGACGACCCCCGGGCAUGGACUACACCUUUGAUGUCACCAAGGUGCCCGAGGAACAGCUCACCUUCAAGGACCUGCUGUCCUGCGCUUACCAGGUAGCGCGGGGCAUGGAGUACCUGGCGUCCAAACGAUGUAUUCACCGAGAUCUGGCUGCCAGGAAUGUUUUGGUAACUGAAGAUAACGUCAUGAAAAUUGCUGAUUUCGGCUUGGCGAGAGGGGUCCAUCAAAUUGAUUACUACAAAAAAACAACCAAUGGGCGCUUGCCAGUGAAAUGGAUGGCACCAGAAGCCUUGUUUGACAGAGUCUACACGCACCAGAGCGAUGUCUGGUCUUUUGGAGUGCUGAUGUGGGAGAUAUUCACUCUGGGGGGGUCCCCCUACCCAGGAAUCCCAGUGGAGGAGCUUUUCAAGCUUCUGAAGGAAGGGCACCGAAUGGACAAGCCGUCAAACUGCACACAUGAGCUGUACAUGCUGAUGAGUGAGUGCUGGCACGCCGUACCCACACACAGACCCACCUUUAAACAGCUGGUAAAUGAACUAGACAGGAUUCUGGCCUCCAUUUCAGAUGAGUAUCUGGACCUCUCAACCCCAUUUGAGCAGUACUCCCCUUCCUGUGAGGACACCUCAAGCACCUGUUCCUCAGACAAUGAUUCAGUCUUUACCCACGAUGCCACAUUGACAGACCCCUGUCUUCUUGGUUACCAUGACAUCGGAUCUAGGAUAAGGACCUGAAAAUACUGUUUUUGUUUUUUUUUUUUCUUUAAAGAAAAAACAAACUAUUAUUAUUCUUUUCAAAACUGUCUAAUGUCUGAUUCAGGGCAUUAAAUAAGAAAGGUGUUAUUGCUUUAAGAAGAAGAAGAACAAGAAAAAAACGAAAUAACUUUUAUCCAAAAACAGACAUUUCUGGGAUGGAAGUGCUGAUGAUUGUUCCAGCAGUUGCCAUGGUAACAUGUUCUAAAGUUUUUUUUUUUUUU